UUACUCCAGGCAGUCCCCAUUGACCUGGUGACCUCUGACUCCAGGCCUCUACUUCCAGACCGACUGCUCUAUCCCUGGGCCUGAGAGCGUAUACUCCCUGGAACUCCAGACCUACUCUCCCUACCCGGUCAACACCCCUCUUACUGGGCAUCACCCAUCACCAAGUCUCAGCCAUCUCUAUAACCUUGCCCACCAGCGGAACCGGGGCAUCCACACUUAAGCACCCCUCCCUGGACUGGGAGUGUCUGAAUGUAGCUAGCUAGUUUUAGUUUGUUUAUCACUGUGACGAAUAGCAAACAAGCUAGCUUGUCAUUUUAAUUGUAGUAGCUAGCUUAGUAAGCUAGUUGCUUGAUGACUGGUUAACUGUACACACCUUUGUCCAACUCCAUGAAAGCUGAAUUUGUAUCAAAUUAUUGUUCCCCAUAACCAGCCUCUGACAAGAAUGGACGUGCAGUUAAAAGCGACAUUGCUUAUAUUUUAGAUUUCACGUGAAAUAACUUUAUAUUCUCUUCAACGGUAUCAAUUUAGCAUGUUUCAUUCCGCACGAAGGUAGAAAGUGACGUAGUACAGGAAGUGUCAGCUUUCCAACCAAUCAGCGAGUGUGAUGUCGUUUUCGCGGGUGAUUCGUGUUAUAUUUAUGUUACUUAACAACAACAAAAAAUAUAUAUAUGUGUAUGUUACUUCAGUUCGCGCGAAUGGGGACCCACGAACUGAUGACCACCGCACAGAAAUCAAUCUAAAAAAAUCGAAAUAUUAGAAAAAUCGUCUAGCUUCAGAAAUGCUUUUUCGCUCCAUUGUCGACAGAGGAGUCCGUAGACGGAGGUGCAAUGACCUCAACCCAAAAUACAAUUUGUCCUCUCUGCUGGACUGCUACCAGUGUACCCGUCAUGAUGAACACAUCACAUACGGGAAUCCGGGGGUCGCCUUCGCUACAGCCCCCGGGCUGCAGGGCGUCCUUGCAGUGGCCAGUGAGGAGGGAGUCCUGAGGCUGUACAACACAGAGAACCGACAGAGUCCACUGCUGAAAGAAUGGUUGGCACAUGAUAAUGCUAUCUGUGACCUUGCUUGGGUGCCAGGGGAGGCUAGCUUGGUGACCGCGUCAGGUGAUCAGAUGGCCAAGCUGUGGGAUGUGACAUCUGGGGAGCUCCUUGGUAGCUUCAAGGGGCACCAGUGCAGCCUCAAGUCUGUUGCAUUCACACAGCAGGAGAAAGCUGUGUUCUGUACUGGGGGCCGAGAUGGGAAUAUUAUGGUCUGGGACACAAGGUGCAGCAAAAAAGAUGGCUUCUACAGGCAGGUAAAGCAGAUCAGUGGAGCUCACAAUAAGAUGGACAGAAACACACCCUCUAAAACAAAGAAGAAACACCCCGGCACACGCGGCAUGGACCCCUCUGUGGACUCCCAGCAGAGUGUCACGGUGGUUCUGUUCCAGGAUGAACACACACUCAUCUCCUCAGGUGCUGUUGAUGGGAUAAUCAAGAUGUGGGACCUCCGGAAAAACUACACAGCGUACCACCAUGACCCCAUCCCACUCCAGGCGUACCCGUACCCAGGGACUAGCACACGGAAGCUAGGUUACUCAGGGCUGGUGUUGGACUCCACUGGCUCCAACCUGUUCUCCAACUGCACUGACAACAACAUCUACAUGUUCAAUGUCAGCGGGCUGAAAACCACUCCAGUGGCAGUCUUCGGUGGUCACCUCAACUCCUCGUUUUACGUGAAGUCCACUGUUAGCCCCGACAACCAGUUCCUGGCUAGUGGCUCAAGUGACCAUCAUGCGUACAUCUGGAAGAUCUCCGACACAAAACACCCUCCCAUGAUGCUUCAGGGCCACAGCCAGCAAGUGACCUCCAUAGCAUGGUGCCCCACAGAUUUCACAAAGAUUGCUUCCUGCUCUGAUGACAACACCAUACGGAUCUGGCGUCUGGACCGAGGUACAGAUGGAGCAAAGUCUUCUGUCGGAGAGGCCAAUCUGGUGGGCUGGGCAUGUCCUAAACCUGCCACCACCAUGCCCAGUCCAAUGCCUUUGAACCAGGCGGAGUGCACCCCAGCCAAGAGUCCCUGGCCAAGGCAUCUGGGGGCCCUGGCCUCCCCCCAGCCUGCUGCCUGUGCCCCCAGAGGAGCAGACCUGCCUCUCGCCUCAAGCACCACCGCCGCCUCCCCCCUUCAGGCCCAGGGCUCCAGGGCCACCCUCAUACGUCAGAAAACGCCCUUCAUCAGCAACUGGUUUGCCCGGACUCCCGGGGAACAGAUCACCCCUCCUCUCCGCAAGGUGCUUAGCCCCUGUCCCAUCCCUACCCUUUCCUCGGAGAGGACGGCCAAGCGCCGGCUGGAGAAUGGUGACAGUGGGGCGGCAGGGGGCUGUGAAGGUUCAGGGGAGUGUGACGGCAUCACAGGGCUCUACCCCGCAGCCAAGAGGAACCGGGGACUAGCAGGAGUGUGCUGCCCUAGCCAGGAGCCACCUCAUGCGGCCACAGAGAGGAGCGAGGCCUGGGGAAAAGCAGACCUCCAGGUGGAAGACCAGAGGCCUGUCCCAGCCACACAGGCUGACAAGGAGAAGAGCUCUCCAAAAGGGGCAGACUGGUUGUCAGCAAUGAGCCAGAAGCUGAGGAAAGGUGUGGGAAAACCCAGCAGCACUCCCAGAAGCACCAGUGCCCCCAAGAGGCAAGAUGGCAGGAUACCGACCUCACCAGUAUACACAAGAUCCUAAAAUUACAAGUUGACCAGAAAUGUAUGAAGUCUAUUGAUGUUCUUAACAGGAUUUGCGGCAUCUCUUGGACGUGUUUUUCAUAAUGUGAUAACACAUGGUGUUCAAAAUGUAGAAAAAACAUUGAUGUCUCUUACUGCAUAACCAGGAACCUGUUAUCAUUUACCUUUCUGCUGUUCCCUCCUUCUCCCAGGCAAUGUCCUCUCCCUCCUGGGCAAUGCGCUCACUGAAAUCCAUUAAGAAAAUAUCUUCCUAGUUCCAGCGAAGGACUUGGGAGUGAUCAGCUUGGAAUGAAAUGGUUUUCUCCGUGAUGAUUCAGAGACAAUAUUUAUAUUUGUAAUAAAAUAUAUAUUUCCUAUAUUUGUAUUUUAAUUUGGAUCACUGUUCAACAUAGAGAAAUCUUUUUAAAGAUAUGAGGGUUGAUUCUUAACCUUAAUAUACCCAAUAUUGCACCCAUUUGAGAAUCCUUACAAUGAGUUGUCCACUCAACAUAGAAGACAAACUUACAAGAGAUUCCUGUUCUCACGUUUUUAUUUUGUACAUUAACUUUUGUAUACAAUGAUCCGCUUCCCCUCCACCAAUCCUAACCUUAACCAUUAAAUGUGUCUAGGGGCAACUUCACCCUACACCAUUCAUGUCUGCACAAGUUUGAAUUCCAGUCUUGGUUCCCCAUUCUGAAUAAUUAGCUGUGUCACUACCAUAUCACACUAUAAGUCAUGAGUAUUCACAAAGGCCAUGAGGCUAAAAUUACCAUGAGUAAAGUCUGUCAGAUUUCCCUACAAAAUAUUUAGAUGAUAAUGCAGCAAGCAAGUCCCUAGACAUGACAAUACUUAUAAAAGUACAUUAAAACCAAACUUUGGGUGAGUUAGUAGUGUUGUUAGUACUACAUUAUAACAGUUCACAGCCCAUGCAAUGCUGUUCAAAGGUUUCUGACACUGGUCUCCAACCAGUUUUUCCAGUAUACUUUCCACUUCUGUUGUUGUAACUUGACAUGUGUUUGCACUGUGUUAAUCCUGUUUUCACCUAGACACAUUUUUACUGAAAGGAGACUAAUAAUGCAUGAUAGUUUGUAGUCCUGUCAACCUGCAACAUUCUUUUGUGUCUGUCUGAAACAUGGAUGUCUGGUGUCUGAGCUAGUGCCUCCAUCAUGAGAACAUUUUCUUCUCUCUGCAUGUGAUCACAUGUGCAAAGGUUAGCAUGCUACUAGUGCUGGGGGCUUACAUUCAGAGGAUCACAUGAUUGUGGGGUCAAACAAUCUUUUUAACCUCACACCACACUGUUGGAUCUUUGCUGCAAAUAUAGGUGACAUUAAUUGGAUGUUAAUGUAUCCUCUGAUGGAUAAAUAUAGUAAGUGAUGUAAUUGCCUGGCCUCAAAAGAAGCACUCGCCUGAAAUGACAAUGUUGACAUUUUUUGUUUAUAUGGACACAGUAUCCUGCCUAUUUAUAAACGUUUCCAGUUGCCAAUUUACUAUUAUUUGUUUUCUGUGCAUAUUGUCACAUGGUUUAGAGCCCGGUCUUCAAUUGGUUUAAAAAAAGGCAUGAGCAUGCCUGUUUCAACAUUUUGGUUGGACACUGCAGUUGUCUGUCAAAGACGUAAACUUUUGUCACAAAAUGCAACCCGACAACGAUGUACUCAUAAAGCUGUUAAUGGUUGCACGGAGUUUGCAGUGUGGCGGCUUUUUACAUGGAAUUGUGUAAUCUAAUAAAUCGAAAAAGUUA